GUGACAGCACGCUUUACCCCCAGCAAAGAAUCCCGCCAUCCUCAGCUUCCAAGAUGGCGUCGACUGAUGGGGUCGAGGAAUUCCAAGUACAGGAGGUCGAAAUCGAGUCGAUUCCUGUAGAAAUGCCAAUUGAAACUGUAGAAACAAGCGAAGAGACCAUUGAGGUACAACCUAUGAUUGCUCUACAGCCUCUACCAGAAGCAUCACACGAGGAAAUUGUCCUCCAAACACGCGAAGAAGUUGUCGGUGAUCCAAAUUUAGUGUACGUAGAUAGCAUACCAGUGCCUGCGCCAGAAAUUGAAAUAUCCACAGAAGAAAUAGCUCCAAUAAUAAAGAAAGGUCGAGGAGGAAAGAAAAAGGGUGGGAAAAAUAGAGGAGGUGUUCAAGUCGUUACUUCACUUGGAAGCGAGCUUGGUUUAGAUCAUACUUCGAGCACCAGGAAAUGGGAACAAAAGCAGGUUCAAAUCAAGACUUUGGAAGGCGAAUUUUCCGUUACCAUGUGGGCAUCAGGUGGCGAUAAAACUGGACUGGAAGGAGAGGAAAUAGUGACUACAAGUGUCAGUGACCACGAUGCCGACUACACAGAAUACAUGACUGGGAAAAAGAUCCCACCAGGCGGGAUACCAGGAGUUGACCUCAGUGAUCCCAAACAACUAGCAGAGUUUGCAAACCUUGAUCAUCACUGUAGACCUCUCUCUGUGCAUUCCAGGAUGAAGCCUAGGAAACAGAGUGAUGAUGUUGCUAGGACAGUGCCAUGCCCACACAAGGGUUGUAAUAAAAUGUUCAGGGAUAACUCUGCUAUGAGAAAACACUUACAUACUCAUGGUCCAAGAGUACACGUGUGUGCAGAAUGUGGGAAAGCAUUUGUGGAGAGCUCAAAAUUAAAACGCCACCAACUGGUCCACACAGGAGAGAAACCUUUUCAGUGUACCUUUGAAGGAUGUGGGAAAAGAUUUUCUUUGGACUUUAACCUCAGAACGCAUGUGCGGAUACACACUGGUGACCGCCCCUAUGUUUGCCCAUUUGAUGGGUGUAAUAAAAAAUUUGCCCAGAGCACCAAUCUCAAGUCACAUAUAUUAACUCAUGCGAAGGCAAAAAACCAGCCGACCUACACUUUCCCUCCAGUCUCUUCUACAAGUCUUCAGAUGUAAUUUCACCACAAGAAAUAGGUCCCAUUAUUUACAAUUAGAUGUCAUUGGAACACACAUCACAAUCAGCAGUUGGUUGGCAACUCGCAGUUGUCUAGUUUUUUAUUUUUAUUAUUAUUUUUUUGUGUGUGUGUUUCACAACCUCUGACAAUUUUAGUAUUUAUAUUGCCAGCAGCCCUCUGGUGUAGUAUCAGGAAUAGACUGUAGUGUACAUAGUCAAAUGGUUUGACAUUGUGAUAGGUGAUACCUUUUUCUGCUGGUUAUCUUGACCAUUCAAGAGACUUCAGUAUAGCAGGCUUUGGAGUAUAAAACAGACUGUGAAGUUUAGAUUGUAAUCAUAUAUCGUAACCUAUUUAUUUUAAAGUCUGUGAGCAUUUGUCAGUUACCUGCCAAUAAUAGGGCAAGGGGGGUCAUCUUCAAACUAAGACUUAGAAUUGUAUAAAAUGUUGUAAAUAUUUACUGUCACUGGGGUAAUUGUGACUGGAGUUUGUCAUGAUUGAAGCAGCUUUCCUAUUAUUUAAUGCUGUUUGCCAGCUUGUUUGAUUUUAACAAGGGUACAAUAGACACCUUUUCUAAAUAUGGCAGGGGAAACAACACAUUUUAUGACAGCAGCUGGUUAUUGGCAAACUGACAAAAAAUAUUUCAUAGGUUAGAAAAUGUAAAAUUGAUGGUUUGUUGAGUGCAGGUUUGUACAUAAAUGAUUAAUGUGUUACCAGAACUUUAUAUGCACAAGAUAUCAAUUCACCUGAAAGUGAACAUGUCUACAUAUAUGUAAUGUUUUUCUAUAUUAUAAUGGUGGCUGCAAAGUGUUUGCCACAAAAUUAUAUCUUGUUUUUAAAAUGUGAAAAA